UUUGUUUUUGCUUUAAAUCGGGAGCGAGAUACUUUCGGUAAAUUUAAGGUGUUUCGACGACGACGAUUAUUAAACGUUUGACUCAGUGCAUUGCAAGAUUUUUUUGCUCUUUCGAGUAUUUUUGUGUUUCGAAGCAUCGAAUUGAUUUCAUUUAAUCGAACUAAUUAAUCAGAAAGGCAGCAAAAUGUUGAAGACUCUGGUGAUUCUGGGCGUACUGAUAAGCUGGUGUGAUGGUCUGGUGAUCGGUUACAACGGCGGUCACAAUCACCAUCAUUACGAUUAUGCCGCCUUCGAGGACUAUCACGACGGCCACGCGGUCCUGCCGACCGUAGCCGUUCCCAUACACGCCGUCUCGGCGGCGCCUCUGCAUCAUCAUCACCACGCCGUCCUGCCUGAGCCGCAUCACGAGCUGCAUCAUCACUACGACCAUCACGAUCAUCACAGCCACCACAGCCAUCACGAUCACGACCACGAACAUGACUAUUACUCUCAUCCCAAGUAUACCUUCAACUACGGAGUGCAUGAUCCUCACACCGGCGACGUAAAGACGCAGCACGAGGUGCGCGAUGGCGAUGUUGUCCACGGCUCGUACUCAGUCAACGAACCCGACGGUAGCGUCCGAAUCGUCGAGUAUACCGCCGACGACCACAAUGGAUUCAACGCCGUAGUAAAGAAAGUAGGACCACAGCUGCAUCCCCAUCAUCCAGUGCCUAAAUACGUUCACCACGCGCCCGACUACUACGGCUAUGAGCAUCUCCACUAAUCCUAAUUAUUUUGAGCUUAUAAAUAUUAAUUUUUUUUUC